AUGAAAGUAAAAUAUUUUACUUUAGUCAUAGGAGGAGGAGUCUUGAAUCUUGGCUAUUUUCUUGUCUGCUCUUGCUCCUACAGAUACGGAAACCUCCAAGGAGGUUACCUUAAUGACAAGAAACUGUCCAUUCACUGGAACUGUUUUCGUGAGAGAUCGUAUUUUAGCCGGUAUGAGAAGAGACGACAUUCCAAUAUCCCUGCUCAUGUCUCACUGUGUUUCCGUCACAAAGAAGGGCUCUUUGCCACAUUGUUCUUACUGGCUGUCUUUGGAGUGGCAACCGCAGCCGCCCCAGUUUCUACAAUUCACAGUCCAGAUGGGGAUGUUAUAGAUUGCAUCAACAAGUUGGACCAGCCAGCUUUAAAGCAUCCUCUCCUGAAGAAUCAUUUAUUUCAGGAGACGCCAACGGAUAUGGUGAAAACAAAUGAAGGAUUUGGUUUGCAAGUUUGGCACGCGAACGGUGCAUCGUGUCCGGAUGGAACAAUCCCCAUACGGAGAUUUGAAGAUGAGAUUUCGCAUCGAAAACAACAGAACCCUUUAGUUUCUGAUGCCGCUGAGAGAGCAACAAAGGGACAUGAGGCGAGUUAUUAA